AUGGCUCCUCCCCGAGAUCCAGAGGCCGGUACCAACGGCAUCAACGGUCACACUAACGAACAUACACCGUUACUCGGGUCUACCGUCCGAAGCGACGAUAACUUUGUCAAGCGACAUGCGAAGGAAGGCUGGAAUGCGACUAUGUCCGUGCUAACUAGCAAUUACGUCAAUGUUCUGCUUGUCUUUGUGCCAAUCGGGAUCAUUGCUGGUAUGUUCGAAUGGGCACCCAUCACAAUCUUCACCCUCAACUUCCUUGCCAUCGUUCCCCUUGCCGCCCUCCUCAGUUACGCUACAGAAGAAAUCUCCCUUUAUGUCGGUCAGACUUUGGGUGGAUUACUUAAUGCUACAUUCGGAAAUGCCGUCGAGUUGAUUGUCAGCAUCGUCGCUCUGCAAAAAAAUGAAAUCCGUAUCGUCCAGGCUAGCAUGCUCGGUAGCAUCCUUUCCAACAUCCUAUUGGUCCUCGGAUGCUGCUUUUUGUUCGGUGGAAUCAAGUACAAGGAACAGACCUUCAACUCUACCGUCGCUUCCACCAUGUCUUCUCUUAUGGCUGUUGCUGCCGGUUCCCUCAUCAUCCCCGCCGCUCUUUAUAACAGUUUCAACAACAAUAUCGACCCUAUCAAGAACCCGGAACAAUAUGCAUCCCAUAAUUCCAGCAUUCUCCUCCUUUCUCGUGGAGCAUCUAUCGUUCUACUCAUCCUCUACAUCCUCUACCUUUUCUUCCAACUCAAGACGCAUACCAAUUUGUUUGCCGAUGAGCAAGACGAAGAGGAAGAAACCGAGACACCUACCCUUUCCGUCUGGAGUGCUGGAUUGGUCCUAGUGAUUGUCACCUUCAUGGUCGCUAUCUGUGCCGAGUACCUUGUCGACAGCAUCGAUAGCAUAGUCGCGACAACGAAUAUUUCGAAGACUUUUAUUGGUUUAAUUCUUCUGCCGAUUGUCGGAAAUGCAGCUGAGCAUGUAACUGCCGUUGUCGUCGCCACCAAGAACAAGAUGGACCUCGCCAUCGGUGUUGCUAUCGGUAGCAGCUUGCAAAUCGCUAUUCUCGUGACCCCAUUCCUCGUUAUUCUUGGCUGGAUCAUGGGCCGUGAGAUGAGCUUGUUCUUCCAAACAUUCGAAACAACAGUUUUCUUUGUUUCCGUUCUAAUUACUAAUUAUUUGAUCCAAGAUGGCAAGUCCAAUUACUUGGAGGGAGCUAUGCUACUUGGAACUUACAUCAUUAUCGGGCUAUCUUUUUACGUCUACCCCGAUAACGAACAGGGCAAAGGACCUGGUAUCCCCAUCCCAUAA